AGUGAGAGAGCUAGGGUUUCUAUUGAAACCUUACCCGUUCAACUCUAUGAUUAGUCUCUAUGGUCAGCUCAAGAAACUAGAUAUGGUCGAGAAGCUUCUACAUGAGUUGAAGAAAAACAAUGUGGAAGUCGGCAGUCUCACGGUGAACAAUGUUUUGAGGGUAUACGCGAGAAUAAACAAGAUAAAAGCGAUGGAGAAGUUUAAAACGUCUGUUUAUAAAGAAGAAAUCGAACUAGAAAGAGACACGAUCGUUGCAAUGGCAAACGCUUACCAUAGAGCUGGUUCAAUAGAAAAGGCGAUAGAGGUGCAUGGUGAUAAAGCAGGGAGUAAAACAGAAGUGUAUCAUCUUUGGAAUUCAUACAAGAAGGAAGGGAAGCUGAAGGAUGAUGGAUAUCGAAGCGUCAUUAGCUCGUUGUUGAAGUUGGAUGAUGUACAAGGAGCAGAGAAUAUAUAUAAAGAGUGGACACCAAAAGGACCAAAGCUAGAUAUAAGCAUACCGGGUUUGCUGAUUUCUCAGUUUUGCGCGGAAGGAAAGGCAUCAAAGGUUGAAGAACUGAUUAGAAAGAAGAGGAAUGGGAUGUAUUUAAAGAUGGCACAGAACCUAAGUACUCCAAGGUACUUUGCUUUACCGAGAGCACUUCAAAAUGGGCCAUCUCAAGCCAUUGAUUCGAACGAAGAACUUAUUGGAGAGAUCGCAGAGCUUGACACAGAGAUCUUACUUUUAGAGCGGUAUCUUCUCUCGCUAUACAGAUCAUCUUUCGGGGAUCAUUUGCCUGCAUCAUUGUUACUAGAUAAUUCUCCACUCCCUCCAUCCAAGACCAAAUUUCACAAUGAUCGCGCCUCUUCGGUUUCUGAUAUGUCUGUCUUGUCUAGCUUCAAAUCAUUGUCUGAGAUGGACAAGAUAAAAAGAUCCGACUCUGGUCACCCGAGUUUGGCUGAUCUUCUUGGUCUUAACACUCUCAGUCCCAAUAAACUCUCUGAAGAGAUUCUGAGAAGUAUUUGUGUGGUACACUACAAACUCUCAGACAAGCAGGGACAUAGCAGAAUAGUCAAGAAGAACUCAAAGAAUGAAAAUAUUAAUGAGGAACUUGGAGUUGUUAUCGGUAAACUUUGCCUAGAAGAUGACAAUUUGAAGUCGGUAGAGAGCUUGCUUCAGAAUUUUAGAUCGUUGGUUCAAAAGCUCGAGAAAGUUGAUCCGGAAAGGAUGGCUAGGGAAGAGAAACUUGCGUUCUGGAUAAACAUUCAUAAUGCUUUAGUGAUGCACGCGUAUAUAGUAUAUGGAUUUAGUGAAGAUACAACAAGCACAACGAUCUUGAAGGCAGCAUUUAACAUCGGUGGGGAGCGGAUAAACGCAUACGAUGUCCAGAGUUCGAUAUUGGGCAUUCAUGCAUGCCAUUCACCAUCACGUUUAUGGACGUUAUUUUCACCGGCUAGGAGUUCAAAGACAAGUAGCGGUCGACACACUUAUUCGUUGGAUUAUGCUGAACCACUUCUUCAUUUUGCCCUCUCUACAGGAGCAUCAACCGAUCCAAUGGUCAGAGUUUAUACAGCAGAAGGAAUCUUUCAAGAACUUAGGCAAGCAAGAGACCGUUUCAUCCAAACAAGUGUUCGAUUUGAGAAAGAGACAAAGAUUCUAUUGCCAAAGAUCAUUUACAACUACGCAAAGGAUACUUCUCUCAACAUGGUUGAACUCUUUAAUACCAUAUCAGAGUGCCUAACAGAGACACAAAGAACGACACUGACACGAGUUGUAAAGAAAAAACAAGACAGAUACAUUCGUUGGAUUAACCAUGACUCCAACUUCCGUUAUAUCAUCCAUCCGGAACUCAUGAGAGAGAGUUUUUAUAUUUGACCACCUUCUUCUCUACCUAGACACUAUAUGGUUCGUCUGUAUAUCUAGUUUUUUGUUUUGUGACAUGAUUUUGCUAAAUGAUAGAGCCUGAACUUGUGUACAUCGUGGAUUAAACAAUGUGUGUUCAU